AUGGCCCCCAUCACGCGCUCCCAGUCCAAGAAGCAAGCUCUAGCCGACACGGACAUGUCUAACCAAUCUGUCGAGGAUAGAGUCAACAUCACCGACAAAUGCGUCACCGAAACGAACGGUGUCACCGGCCCGAACAUGGGCGAGGCGGACCUGAACAUGGCCGUCUUGUCGUCGACCGAUCGUAUCCCCGCCGGUGAGCAUCCCAAGCGCGGGCCUACGGCUGCCGUAACAGAGAACCGAGACUUCGGCUCAAGGUACAUUCCUCAACAACACGAAUGGUCUUGCUGGGAGUCGGAGAUCCGGGAGACCUUCCUUGCGGCCACCGAUGACCCAAACACGUUGUUUAUAAACAGCAAUGGGGCGUUUCUGUCCGACGGCAGCGUCAUCUUCUACUACUCGUGCAACGGCGAGUUCUUCCUCAUCCGCGACAACGGCCAGCCCUGGCGCUGGCCAGCGGUCAAGGUCGACCCAGCCACGCUCGGGCUGCCCUACGACCCCGAGACCAAUGCCGAGGAUGCUGCGCUGGCGCUGACGGUGUCGCUUCCCCAGAGCUUGCUGCGCAACGACGCCGUCGUCAUCAAGGAGUUCUUCGACAAGUGUGUGGGCUCGACCCAUACCAAAACUUGCAGUGAGCGCUGGCUCCACGAGGUGCGCAUGUUGGAGUUGCUGGCCCGGAAGCACCCGCCCCCCAACUUUGUGCGCUACCUUGGCUGCCGUGUGAUCGAGGUGCUGGGGGACAAUGCCGCCACAGAAGACGUCCCUGGGCACGCCGGCCAGACACGCAAACGCGUGCAGAAGCGCAUGACGGGCAUCGUACUCGAAAAGAUCCCACACUGCAUGAGCGACUACGACCCAGACGAAGACAACUGGUCCCUCCUUCUCGAACCUGCCAUCUUCCUGAAGCGGCUCGAGGCCGCUGUGCGCUACCUGCACUCGGUCGGUCUCGCCCACAACGACCUCAAGCCCGGCAACGUCAUGGUCCGCGCCGACGGCCAGCCCGUGCUCAUCGAUUUCGAGUCGUGCGCCCCACUGGGUACCCACCUGAACACGUGCGGGACGGCAGACUGGAGGGAGGACAUGGACAACUUCAUCUCAAGCUUCGAGAACGACCUCUAUGCCUUGCGUUUGUUUCGGGAGCGCAUCGGCGACAAGGAGGCUAGGGACAAGUACUUUUGCGGCCACUAG